CUAACAAGUGCCCAAAACCAAGCCCAAACCCCUCACUACUCAAAAACCCUAGAGGACGCAAAGAAGCGAAGCGCGGGCUGCCUCCCGCCGCGAGAUCUUCGAAAUCCCGCCAGCAUGACGCAGAAGGGCGAUCUCUUCAAGGGACAGAAGAAGAAGAAGACGAUUCCUCCAAAUCGUCAUGGCAAAACCCCUCACGCCCGCAAAGGGAAAAGAGUUUUGAAUCCCUCAAAUGUAACCGACGACAUGAAAGCCAAUCGAGAACUCAGCAAGUUUAUAAAUCAAUGCAAUGAGAUCAAAGCAGCAAAUAUGGCCGGCAAAGAAGGCGGUCAGCUUAGCAUCAUAAAGAUCGAAGAAGAAACUUCAAAUCCCCCAAAAAAGUAAUUUUUGCGAAAUUUAUAUAUAUAUAUAUAUGCCACACAAUUCUUAUGCAUUUACAUAUCUCUGACACCUGUAAUUUGAUAUUUACAUUUAUAACACCUUGGUGUCGGAGAACUAUAGAUGAAAAGGUGUAUGUUUCACCUUUGGGAAACUAUUUUCAUCAAUUGCUGUCUUUAUUUAAUUAGUUGUUAGGAAUUUGUGGGAUAAAAGGGUGAUCAAAUAAUUAUGUAGAAGCUAUUCU